UGCAGGCGGAGCGGAGAGCUCACUGACCGCAAGACCGACGACGCACAACAACUCCUCUCUCCUGGACGUUUCUCGCCUCUGAGGCGCGAACUCUGGGCUACGUGAGUCCGGCUAAAGUCUUUUAACCUCUUGGGACGUUUUAAAGGAACUGAACGGGACCAAAACAACAACUCUGAAGACUUAAAAACUGUUCCGUUGCGAAUUAUUUCUGCGUCUACAGGAACAAGAAUGCUUCUGUAGCAUCUUUUUCUUUCUUUUUUUUAAUGGAAAGCUCUAAAUAUCCACACUUUAUUUCCAUUUAUCUAAAUGUUGGAGGAUCUUUUCCAGCCCAAAAAUUAGUGGAUAAUCAGUGAAUGCAUGACUUCAGAUCCUCUAAUUGGACUCAUCACCCCCAUCCCGUCCCUCUCGCGAUGCAGCAGGAGCGCCUGCUGAAGGUGUUGGUCAUCGGCGACCUGGGUGUGGGUAAGACGUCCAUCAUAAAGCGGUACGUCCACCAGGUGUACUCCCAGCACUACAGGGCCACCAUCGGGGUGGACUUUGCCCUCAAAGUGCUCAACUGGGAUCACAAGACGGUGGUGCGGCUGCAGCUGUGGGACAUCGCUGGACAAGAACGCUAUGGCAAUAUGACCCGUGUGUACUACAGAGAAGCAUUGGGGGCCCUUGUUGUCUUCGACAUGACCAGGCUGGCCACGUUUCAGGCUGUCCUGAAGUGGAAACGAGACCUGGACUCAAAAGUCACUCUGAGCAAUGGGAAGCCCGUUCCAGCCGUUCUGCUUGCCAACAAGUGUGACCAACGUCAACUCGGUCUGUGUCCCAAACUUCCAAAACUGGACAACUUCUCCCAAGACCACGGCUUUGUUGGCUGGUUUGAAACAUCUGCUAAGGAUAACACCAACAUCGACAGUGCCAUCACGUGUUUGGUUAAAGCGAUCACGUCUGCGGAGGAGGAGAAAGCGUCGAGUGACGGCGCUCCAAGCGAGUCCGACGGCGGAGUCGUCGUUCUGCCUCGUUUCGACCACAGAGCCAAGGAGAAGGGACUCAACGGCUGCGCCGGGUGCUCCUCCACCAAACCCAGAGCCGGAACCAGUGACUGAUCCAGAUCCAUUAAAAUCAUGGAGCGAUGACUUAAAGUCCUCCCCUUUCUAACAUUUAGAAGUUUCCCUAACUCUCUGGCAUUACUUGGGAAACUCUAUUGGAGAUGUUUUCUGACAUUUUUCUUCCUAAUUUCUUCUUGUUGUCUUUUUUUUAACAAACUGGGUAUUGUAUGUUUUUUAAGACUAAUUUAAGAUCGACUUCAGUAACUUCAAAAGCAUCCUCAUGUGGCUGCCGUGUUGGGAAAGAGUUUUGAGACAAAAUGAGGCACGAGGGCAGCAUUCUUCUCAGAAAGAUGAUUGUUAAAAGCAGAUCAGCUUUUAACGAUCUCCUGUCUUAAAGUCUUUUCUCACAAAGCAUUUUUUAAUUGUCCUAAAUGUUUGUCUCUGAAAGCUCGUUUCUCUGUGUACGAGAGAAACAGAGAACGUUUCUCUCGUACACAGAGAGAAACCGUGAUGUUUCUCAUCAUGAUGAUACAUCAUUUUACAUCAUUUAACUGAUGUAAAAUAUCAUUUUACAUCAGUUAAUUAUUAGACAACUCUGUCAUGUUUUACUCUGUUCUGUCUGCACAAAAUUUCUGUUUUAAUGAUGCCCGUUGUUUUUGUCCUGCAACAGAAAAUCUUUUCUUUUCUUUUUCUGAUGCAUAAAUGAACUACCGCCCAGAGCACACGUCUUCGGAAGCAAUGAGACCUAAAUACAUGGCGAUGCAAGGAGGAAACCUUCCACAAUGGCUCUUGAUUUGGCUACAAAAGUGCAGAAUCAACAACUUUUUCAAAAUACAGACAUAGCAAAUGUAGAUUUCAGCAGUUUUGGAAUAAACAUUGCAUUAAAUGUCCACAAAAGAAUGAUACAAGUAUCAUUCUCAUGUUUAGUAAAAUUCAUUUUUUCCUAUCAUUACAUUGGAAACUAAGUGUUUUUUCUUUUGUUUGCAUCCCAUAAAAAAAGUAUCAAUCCUCUUUUUUAAAAUUCUUUUAAAAAUGACCACAAAUUCCCCACAGUAGAUAUUCAGGUUGCCUUUUCACAAAAGCUUACAUAACAUUUGCAACUCUGAAUAAGUUUUAUUUUGUUAAACUGAGGGCAAAAACAGCUCUUUGGCCUCUAAAGGUCGCAGACUCUUGGUUCAAAGCGUAUCUGUGUGAUAAAAUGACCAAUUCCUAAAUCUGACAUUAGCAUCUGUUCCAAUCCUCGAAUGUUGCUCUUUAAAAGUCCUCUCUAUCCGGUCUGACUGAGGUAAGAAGAAUCUAAAUAAUUUCAGUUUCUAAAUGUAGAAAGCUGGUAAAGAAAAAUACCCAAAAUCUCUCCGGCUGUAAUUGAUAGUCCUCCAGAUUCUUUUAAAAAUAUGACAAACUAGGAUUUGCCAGAUCGGUCGUAGAGCACUCACACACUAAAUGCUCAGGUUUAUAUGUGUUCAUACUUGUCAGACUACAGAAGCAGCAUCACAACUUGUUACUUUCUUCUGCGCCACCAAGACAGACAUGUUUGAUAUGUAACUCUUGGGUAUUUGUUGUGUACCACAAUCUGGUGAAAGCCUGUCAAAAUAUAGUUGUGUGUGUGUGUGUGUGUGUGUGUGUGUGUGUGUGUGUGUGUGUGUGUGUGUGUGUGUGUGUGUGGGUGGGUGUUUGGGGGGGUUGUUUUUGAAGAUGAAAGCGCUUUUUCUGUCGUUAUCAGUCUCCGUCUCUCCAGGCGACACUCAGCAAACGGGACACGUCGCUCUUUUUUCAGGUGUGGAUGUUUGGCCUUCUCUGUGAAGACGACUUGUAUCCUGGACGCUAAUGAAAGGCUCCCCUUUUUGGCUCUUUUUCGCCACUCUUUACAAGGUUAAAUGUCAGCGUCUGGGAAAGCUGUCCUUUAAAUGUCAUUUUCCACCUUAGAUGUUUCUCUGUGUUUUCUGUGACCUCCGGCUUCUCAUUUCCUACACCCUGCUGCAUGUGUCAGCAGCUGAAAGCUUCAGAGUCAAUCCGCUAAUGAGUGAGUGUUAAAAGCAGCAGCGUCUGAGGUCUUUCUUUCUUGUUGGUUCCAUUUUGUUUUGUUUCUCUACCUACGCGCUGAAAGGCGGUAUAAUUUCUUUAAUCGAUAUGAAAAAUAAUGCUUCCUUUGUGGAGAGUGUUCUUUUGUGUCACGUAUCAUCUAUGUAUCAUCAUACCGUCUAUAUCAUCUAUAUUGUACAGAGUCAUAAGCCUGUAAAUGUCUUCCUUA